GCCAAUCUCCAUAGAACACCUGCUCCGAGCUCUCAUCUUCUCCCUGCUGCUCUUCUCCCUCCGUUAAGAAGAAGAGCGAAGGAUCUUGACCUUUAUCUUCUCAGAUUUCCAUUCUCCAAACUCUCAUCUUCUCAGAUCUCCAUUCUUCUCGUCACUUCAACAACAACAACUCCCAACUCACAUACAGGGGAGAAGCAGAGCGGCGCAAGACGAGAUGACGAAGCAGAAUGUGGUCAUGCAGGAGGAGCCAGCCGUCGCGGUGGCCGCUGCAGCGCCAACUCGUCCUGUCAGCGGCGGAGCUAAUCAUGCCAGGUACAAGAAGUUUCUGAGCCGGCCCGAUCUCAGCAGCGGCGGCGGCGGCGGUGGGAAGGCCGGUUCGUGGAUCGAAUCGAUGAAGGCCUCGUCUCCCACCCACGUCAAGUCGGCGGCGGCGCGCGCAGUCUCCUCGUUUGCUUCCCAUGACGAGCAAGACUACGACGGAUGGAUGAAACUGCAUCCGUCGGCGCUGGACGACUUCGAGGUUCUCGCGGCCGCGUCGAAGGGGAAGCAGAUCGUCAUGUUCUUAGACUACGAUGGGACUCUGUCGCCCAUCGUCGACGACCCCGACCGUGCCUUCAUGUCCGACGAGAUGAGGGAAGCAGUAAGAGAGGUGGCAAGACAGUUUCCAACAGCUAUCGUGAGUGGGAGGUGCACAGAGAAGGUCACUAGCUUCGUAGAACUGUCAGAAUUGUACUAUGCCGGGAGCCAUGGCAUGGACAUCAAAGGUCCCAACGAUGGGCCUCAGCACCUAAAAGCUAAGGCAGAGAAUGUUUUGUUUCAACCAGCCAGGGACUUCCUUCCCAUGAUAGAUGAGGUUUACAAGCAUUUGGUAGAGACAACAAAGUGCAUCCCUGGCUGUAGGGUGGAGAACAACAAGUUCUGCCUAUCUGUUCACUUUCGGUGUGUUGAUGAAAAGAAAUGGUGUUUACUAGCUGAGAAGGUCAGGUCAACGAUCACAGAUUACCCUAAGCUCAGACUCACUCAUGGAAGGAAGGUGUUGGAGAUUCGCCCAAGCAUCAAGUGGGACAAGGGGAAGGCCCUCGAGUUUCUUUUGGAGUCUCUUGGAUAUGAUGGCUUCAAUGAUGUAUUUCCAUUGUACAUAGGAGAUGAUCGUACCGACGAAGAUGCUUUCAAGGUUUUGCAAGAUAGAGGACAAGGCUUUGGCAUUCUUGUUUCAACGAUUGCAAAGGAAACAAAUGCCUCUUUUUCUCUGAGAGAACCAGCUGAGGUUCUCAAGUUUCUGCGACGCAUAGUGGAGUGGAAGCAAAUCUCUAUGGAGGAGUGCAGGGUGUAAAAAUGUGUUCAGAGUGUUGUUCAAUGUAAAGCAAUUCUCAUGGAUAAUUUUGGUCCAUCAUUAAGAAAAGAAAAUUCAGAGCAGUUUCUUCUUUUUUCUUUUUUUGAUGAUGUCUCCAAUCUGGUUGUAGGCUUGAAACCAUUAUUAACUGGAUUUCUUGCCGCAUCUUGUGACUUGUUUAAGUGGAAUCAUGUAGCCAUUUUUAGUGUACAAAAUGAGCA